UGCGGCCGCCACUAGUUUUUUUUCAGUUGUAUGAAUCUUUCUCACACUACACUCCGAUGAGAACAUCAUUAGUUUUAUGGCCUUCCUUCUUUUUCUGUUAUUAUUGGGCAUGUCUUAGUUUCAACGUCUCUCUGGUUUCUGGGGGUUAUGUCCCCUGUCUUGACCAGCAGAAAAUGUUACUUCAAUUGAAGAAAAACGUCAAAUUCAACCCUGCUGGUUCCAGAAAAUUGUUGUUAUGGAAUGAAAGCAGCCCUUGCAAUGAGUGGAGAGGCGUAAGUUGGGAUGAGGAGGGGCAUGUUGCUGGUCUGGACCUGAGUGGGGAAUCAAUAUCUGGUGGACUCGACAAUUCUAAUCCUCUGUUCAGUCUCCGACAUCUCAAGCAUUUGAAUUUGGCUUUCAAUAACUUCAAUUCUGUGAUUCCAUCCAGAAUCAAGGAUUUGAAGAGCUUAACUUCUCUUAAUUUGUCAAAUGCUGGUUUCGUGGAGCAGAUACCAAUGGAUGUUGCUCGGCUGACAAGGUUAACCAUUCUUGAUCUGUCUACUUCUUACUAUUUAGGAGGAUCAUCUCUGAAACUUGAGAAUCCAAAUUUGGUGAGGCUUGUUCGGAACCUCAGUGAAGUUAGAGAACUAUAUCUGGAUGGCAUUAAUAUGGCGCUCCAGGGAAAUAAAUGGGGUCAUGCUUUGUCGUCUUUUCUACCUCAUCUACAGGUACUAAGCAUGUCAAGCUGCAACCUAUCAGGCCCCAUCGAUUCCUCAAUGGAAAAGCUUCAAAAUCUCUCCAUAAUUCGUCUGGGCCAGAAUAAUUUGUCAGGCGCAGUGCCGAGCUUCUUUGCUAACUUCCCAAACCUAACACAACUGGAUCUCAGUUCUUGUAAUUUGAGUGGUAGGUUUCCAAAUAAGAUCUUCCAGGUACGGUCGCUCACUUCUCUUGAUCUAUCAUACAAUUACGGUCUUCAGGGUUCUCUGACUGAAUUGCCUCAGAGCGGAUCUCUCCAGACAUUGAUUCUAAGCGGUACAAGUUUCUCUGGUGCAUUACCACCUUCCAUUAGAAAUUUAUGGAAACUGUCUAGAUUAGACAUAUCUGCAUGUCAAUUUAAUGGAACACUACCAGAUUCAAUGUUGGAUCUCCCUGAGCUCACUUACCUAGACUUGUCAUUUAACAACUUCACUGGUACAGUCCCAUCAUUUGGUAUGGCCAAGAAGCUUAUUCACAUAGACCUAUCUCAAAAUAAUUUAAACGGUGGAGUUUCAUCGGCUCUUUUCAAAGGCCUCGUAAAGCUAGUCAGCAUCAAUUUGCAGAGCAAUUCCCUCAAUGGAAGCAUUCCUAUGUCUCUGUUUUUGCUCCCGUUGCUACGAAGUAUACAGUUCUCCAACAACCUCUUUCAGGGUCAUAUUGAUGCAAUUUCAAAUGUCUCUUCCUCCAUGUUACAAGUUCUUGAUUUAAGUUAUAACAAUUUAAGAGGUCCUAUUCCUCAAUUUAUUUUUCAUCUCAAAGGGCUUAAGGUCCUCCAACUGUCUUCGAACAAGUUCAAUGACACAAUACGGCUGGAUAUGUUUGGGAGACUUCAAAAUCUAACUACAUUAGAUCUUUCAAACAACAGCCUGUCCAUUAAUGCAAAUGUUGAGAAUGUCAAACGGUCACUUUUUCCCAGCAUGACUAGUUUGAUGUUAGCGUCUUGCAAUUUGAGACAAUUCCCAGGUUUCCUGAGAAAUAUGUCCAGAUUAACCAAGCUAGACCUCUCGAAAAAUGAAAUUGCAGAAAAAAUACCCAGGUGGAUUUGGGAGCUCGGCUAUCUUGGUCACUUAAAUCUUUCUCACAAUUUACUUCGGGAGAGAGAAACAAUCCCGUAUAAUCUUAGCUCUUAUAGUAAGUUGUAUGUGCUUGACCUUCAUCACAACUACCUCCAUGGUACACUUCCACUGUUUCCUAUGUUGGCAUCUUAUUUGGAUUAUUCUUUCAAUGAAUUCAGCUCUGUUAUUCCCCCUGACAUUGGUAACUAUCUGUCUUUCACAAUCUAUCUGUCUCUGUCACACAAUGCUCUUUAUGAAAGAAUCCCUGUUUCCAUCUGCAAUGCUUCAAAUCUUCGAGUGCUUGAUCUUUCCUACAACAACUUUAGCGGGGGGAUUCCAGAUUGUCUAGCAAAAAGUGAGACUCUUGGUGUAUUGGAUUUAGGGAAAAACAAUCUUAGUGGCAAUAUUUCUGAUACAUUUCAAACUUCAUGUACUUUGAAGACUCUCGAUCUUAGUAGUAAUAAUUUAGAAGGUCCAAUUCCAAAAUCUCUGUCCAAUUGCAUCACAUUAGAGUUGUUAAACAUUGGAAAUAACAAGAUGGAUGAUGGGUUUCCAUGCAUGUUGAAGACAAUACCUACACUCCGGGUCAUGGUUUUGCGAAGAAACAAUUUCCAUGGUCCUAUUGGGUGUCCAAAUAUGAAGAGAAUGACGUGGAAGAUGCUUCAAAUUGUUGAUCUAGCUUUCAACAAUUUUAAUGGAACGCUGCCAAGACGAUGUUUUCCGACUUGGAAGGCAAUGAUGCUUGAUAGAAAUAAAACAGCAUCAAAGGCAAAUCAGAUCAUCUUUAGCUUCUUUGGAUUUGGCCAAGUGAAAUAUCAGGAUCGAGUGAUUGUUACCAUGAAAGGUCAAGAAAUCACCUUGAUUAAAAUUCUAACUGUCUUCACGUCUAUUGACUUAUCAUCCAAUCGUAUUGAAGGGUCAAUACCAGAAGAGAUGAUGGAUUUUACAGCACUCCAUGGGCUCAACUUGUCAAAUAAUAAUUUCACGGGCAGAAUCCCAUCAUCCAUAGGAAAAUUGGAGCAGCUUGAGUCCUUGGACUUGUCAAACAACUCUUUUGCUGGAGAGAUUCCAUCACAACUAGCGAAUUUGUCUUUCCUUUCAUUUUUGAACCUCUCCUAUAAUCAUUUCGUUGGGAAGAUCCCUACAGGCACACAGCUUCAAACAUUUGACUCAUCUUCUUUCGUUUUUAACCAAGGAUUAUGUGGGCCUCCUCUACGUAAGUGUAGCACAGAUGAGAGCAUUUCAACAAAUCGUUCGACAAGUGUUGUAUAUGCAGAUUCAGGAGUUGAGUUUGAUUGGCAGUUUGUAUUCAAAGGAGUGGGUUUUGGGGUUGGAUCAGGAUUGGUUGUUGCUCUCUUGAUGUUGUGGGACAAAGGGAGAAUCUGGAGCAACAACUGCAUUGAUAGAAUUCUUCUGUUGAUUCUAACUAAGAUUGAUUCGGUUUGCACACCCACAAGGGUUUAUGAAGCAGAAGAUGAUACUGAAGAACAUAAAUCAGACAUGGCAGACGAGAAUGAUCAUCGCAAUAAAGAAGCUUGCAAUUUCAAUGAUCUAAAUUUUCGAGGGAAGUACUGUGUUUUCUGUUCCCAUCUUGACAUGAGCAUGAAGAAGGCCAUUCAUGAUCCAAGGUGUACAUGCCUUUACUCACCAACCAUUUCACCAUCUACUUGUUCUUCAAAGUCAAAUACAGAUUCCUCUUAGCUUCGUCCACCAUGAAAGCUUGAUCUUCUUUGUCUGUCUUGUUCAUUUCCUCCAUGUUUUCUUCUGCACACAUUACAUGUAAAUGAUGAAGUACAAAAUAAUGGUGAAAAACAACAAUGAGAAUAAUCAAUAAAGUCACUUUUUUUUCUUGUUGUGGUAUCAUGUGAAAACAAAUUAAUGAAA